UAAUGUCAGACUCAGGGACUCAGUAUGGCGACUUCAGGUUGUAUCGCUAUGAUCCCAGCAUGGCCGCUGCCGUCAUCUUCAUAAUCGCGUUCAUUGUGGUUACUGCCUUGCACUUCUACCAAAUGAUCCGAACAAAGACUUACUUCUUCGUCCCGUUUGUCAUUGGCGGGCUCUUCGAAGUCAUCGGCUACAUCGGACGUGCCGUAUCGAGCCAGGAAGCUCCGAACUUCAGCAUUCCUGCCUACUCCAUUCAAGCCAUUCUGAUCCUCGUCGCACCUGCUCUAUUCGCUGCAAGCAUAUACAUGGAACUCGGACGUAUCAUUCUGCUCACCGACGGCGAACAACACAGCAUCAUCCCGAAGAAAUGGCUCACGAAGAUUUUCGUAAUUGGCGAUGUGAUCAGUUUCUGCCUACAAGCGGCAGGAGGAGGUAUCAUGGCAUCGGGUACGCUCCAAGCUCUCGAAAACGGCGAACACAUCACCAUCGGUGGUCUCGUCAUCCAGAUCCUCUUCUUUGGCUUUUUCAUCAUCGUCAGCAUCACCUUCAACAUUCGCAUGAAUAGGAUACCGACCAGCCGCAGCAUGAUCCGCUCCAACCCCUGGAAGAAACAUCUUUACACUCUUUACGGCGGCAGUGCGCUCAUCUUGAUCAGAUCGGUCUUCCGUCUGAUCGAGUAUACUCAGGGCAAUGAUGGAUACUUGAUCUCGCAUGAGUGGUUCUUAUACAUUUUCGAUGCUUGCUUGAUGCUUGCGACCAUGGUGUUGUUCGCUUGGUUCCACCCGAGUGAGAUCUGGGCUAUGCUCAACAAAAACGGCGGAAAGAUGGUCAGCCACGGCUACAAGAUCGAGGCAGCGAUUCCUAUGAUG